AAUUUGGACGAUAGAAUCAGUGAAUUAAUAGAUGAAGCUAGAGGAUGUUGGAAGGAAGUUGCAGUUAGGCACUCUUUCUGUGCCGAGGAUGCUAAGGAACAAAUGCAUCUAUAACCAUACUUGCCUCUCACCAGAUAGGAGUAUUCGGGAUAUUCAACAUUAUAUAGAAAAGUACAAAGUUGCAACCACAAUAGAAGAUGAACAAUUGCUGGAGGCAGAACAUAAUCCUGUAGUUGCAGAAACAAUUUGGACUCUACCGCUAAAUGGUGUUGUUAAAAUUAACGUUGAUGCUAGUAUUCCACAUCAAGCAGGCAUGGUCAGUCUUUGUGUCGUCCUUCAAGAUAGCAACGAUAGAGUCCUAGGUGCAGGCAAAAAACCCAUGAGCUUUCAAGGUGGCGUCACUCAUGCAGAAAUCCUAGCAAUUUGUUUUGGGGUUCAAUUGGGGAAAGAGUUUGGUUGCAGCAGUAUCAUUGUUGAAUCGGAUAAUCUGAAUGUUGUUCAAGUGGUAGCUUCCUCAGAUGAGUGUUAUCUAACUUAUGGGGCUCUCAUUGAAGAUCUUAAGGAACCCUUGCCCGAUUCUGCUCUUCUGCUCUUCUGCUCUUCUUCUCCUUUCUUCCCGCUGCGGCCACCCGGAAGAAAAAAAAAAGAGAACCCAGCCAUGCCUUGGAAAAUUGGUAAGGAAGUUUGGUAUUUUCCCCUUCCUUUCUUGUUCUAGAACCUGAUUUGGAACCCAGAAUUCUUCCCCCUGCUAGAAAAUCCGGAUCUGCUUUGCUCUGUCCGCCGGCUGCUCUUGUUGUGGGGGUGAAUUGCUUUGAUUUUUUGACUCGUGAGCUUCCCUGCAGCUUGCCGCCGGCCUCUUCCCCCCUGUAGCUCCGGUUUCUACAGCUGGAGAAUUAUGGUUCUCGAUCGUUCUGUCAGUUUAGUACGUGAAUUGAGUGCUCGGUUUUGCGGAGUGAGAAAGUGAAACCGAGGACGGGGAAACCACGGGAAGUGACAAGUUAGAAGGCUAGCCAUAUUGUAAUUGGAUAUAAAUUUUAGAUAUGAAUCAUGAUCUUGUAUUUGGAGAUUUUAUUGGAGAUUUAUGAUAUUAGAGAGAUUUUAUAAUUUGAUCUUCAGAUUUUGAUGGUAUCAGAGUGUGAAUUUGAUAAGUUUCAGCCUUGUGCAUUUGUGGGACCCGUCUCACGAGUGCACGGCGUCUGUCGCGCCUCGAAUUUGGGUUUUGGAGCGUGACAAAAUUAAUAAGAAUCAAUUUUUUUU